AUGGAAGAUUAUGAGGCAUUUAUAGGUUUUGAUCUCUAUGAGACAGCCCUCUCCAGUGUUGCUCAGAAGAUUUUGUCUGCUAUGCGGUCAGGUGAUUUAGUGGAUUCUAAGAAUUGGGAAGAGAGUACAAAGACUACAAAAGUGACAGCUAAAGAUAAGAAGAAUCAACCAUUAGAAACAAAGAAUCCUAACUCUUUAACUAGCCGUGCAUCAAGAGGACCAAUAAAGCUUUCUUCUCAGUCCGUUACUCAACUCACAGGCCAGAUGUCUGCUGACCAAGUAUGGAAGAGUGUCACCUCAUUGGCUCCUUGCAGCUCUUUAAUCCCACAGUGUAAUCAAAAAACUUCAGUUUUACAACAAAUGGAGCAAAAGAGAAAGCAUUGUCUAAAGGAAAAUAUGAAUAAUGAACAUGAGCAAAGCAUGAAUCUUAAGAGAAAAAAUAUUACAUGUAGUAGUUCACCAGAGACAACAAGUAAACACAUGCCAUUGGAAAAAGAUUCUUGUGAGGAUGACACCUGUCUCAACUCUGAGGACUCAAGAGCAUUUAGAAAUCAACUUUGUGAUGUUAGGUAUUUGGAUGAUUUGUCAAAACUCCAGCUAAUGGAAGUGCUCAAUCAGGCAGCAGGCCUGGUAGUGACACUGCUAUAUAAGGAUGGCUCCACUCAGCUAAGAGAUAACCAGGCUCGGACUUCCUCUGUUAAAGGAAUUGUGAUGUUACUAAAGAGCCAUAUAGAAGAAGACAGCAGCUCUUUGAGUUCCCCAACCUGUGGUGGAGCUCUGGAGAAGAACUUCAACUCCACAGAUAGGUAUAUCUACAUACAAACAGAGCACUUUUUUCUCUGGGAUCAAGAACAAGUGGCACAGCAUCUCUUUGCCAGGAGGAUGCUAUUGCAGACACUGAAAUGUAAAUGCCCUGUUAUUUGUUUUAAUGCCAAGAACUUUGUGAAAGCAGUGUUACAGUUCUUAGGUGAUGAUCAUGGCAAUUGGAAGCAAGUUGCUGAUUUUGUAGGGCUAGAUCCCAGAAUUGCUGCAUGGCUCAUAGAUCCCAGUGAUGCUAUACCUUCUUUCGAGGAUUUGGUGGCAAAAUACCUAGGAAAAUCCAUUGUAGACAAAACAAGAAGCACAUGUGGAAACAUUUCACAAAGUAUUGUGAAUCAGAAUGUAUGUGUGAACCUGAAGAUACUCUACAGUCUCAUGAUGGACCUUUGUUCCAAGUUAAAGGUUUAUGGUUUAUGGCAACUAUUUUGUACUUUGGAGCUUCCUCUGAUACCAAUUUUGGCAGUGAUGGAAAACCAUAAGAUUCAGGUGAACCAAGAAGAAAUGGAGAAGAUAUCAGCACUUCUUGGGGCUCGUCUGAAAGAACUGGAGCAAGAAGCCCAUUUUGUUGCAGGAGAGCAGUUUCUUAUAACAAGUAAUAAUCAGCUUCGUGAGGUUCUUUUUGGCAAAUUGAAACUGCACCUACGGAAUCAGAGAAUGCAUCUUCCCAGAACUGGGCUGCACCAACAGCCAUCCACAUCAGAGGCCGUGUUAAAUUCUUUGCAAGACCUUCACCCAUUGCCCAAGAUAAUUUUGGAAUAUAGACAGGUUCACAAGAUCAAGUCAACCUUCAUAGAUGGAUUACUAGCUUGCAUGAAAAAGGGUUCUGUUUCCUCUACAUGGAAUCAGACUGGAACUGUGACUGGAAGACUUUCAGCCAAGCAUCCCAAUAUCCAAGGUAUCUCCAAGCACCCAAUUCAGAUUUCUAAACCGCAAACUUUUAAAGGUAAAGAAGAAGAGACUGUCACGAUCUCCCCAAGGGCCCUGUUUGUUUCUUCCAAAGGCCACACCUUCCUAGCAGCAGACUUUUCACAGAUUGAAUUGCGCAUUCUUGCACAUUUAUCUGGGGAUCCAGAACUUUUGAAGUUAUUCCAGGAAUCUGACAGAGUUGAUGUAUUUUCUACCUUGACUUCACAGUGGAAGAACAUUCCUGUGAAGCACGUGACACAUGCAGACAGAGAGCAGACUAAGAAGGUGGUGUACUCGGUGGUCUAUGGAGCAGGGAAGGAGCGGCUUGCUGCUUGCCUUGGAGUUACUGUUCAAGAAGCCACACGUUUUUUGGAGAUGUUUUUGCAGAAGUACAAGAAAAUCAAGGACUUUGCCCAUACAAUUAUUGCCCAGUGUCACCAUGCAGGCUAUGUGACAUCUAUCAUGGGCAGAAGAAGGCCCCUGCCAAGGAUCUGUGCACAGAAUCAACAGCUCCGGGCACAAGCAGAGAGACAGGCGGUGAACUUUGUGGUUCAAGGCUCAGCUGCAGACCUCUGUAAAAUGGCCAUGAUCCGCAUCUUUGCUGCAGUGGCCACUUCCCCCACUCUGACAGCCAGGUUGGUUGCCCAAAUUCAUGAUGAGCUUUUAUUCGAAGUGGAAGACACUCAGGUCUCUGAAUUUGCAGCUCUUGUUAGGGGGAUCAUGGAGUCUUUGCAGCAGGUACAGACCCUGGAGUUGCAGCUGCAGGUCCCCUUAAAGGUGAAUUUGAGUGCUGGCCCCUCAUGGGGAGACCUGGCCCCACUGCAGGAGGCCCCAAACUCAGCCUGAGCCACUUCAAAUCUCCCAGCAACAGCCCAACCUACACUAGGCUCCCAUCAGCACCCACCCCCAGCAAGGGCAUUUUUUGCCUUCAUUUUUUCUGUAGCCCCAGGCAACAGUGGGAGAGAGUUGGUUUUCACCAGCCCAUUGUGCAGCCUUCUCCAAGGUCACCAGCCAGCACUUUAUAUGGGCUUCAGGGCCAGUGCAGGCCAUAUUAACCCUGUAUGGCUGGGACUGCUGGAUCAUCCCCUGGAGUAAAUGACCUAUA